AUGGGAAUUUUGCCUUCAAGAUUGGAUAAUCUGUGGAGAUACAGAAGAAAGCUGAAAGAGCAACGGCCCUGUUUGGAUGCUAAUGCUCCUCCCGAGCAUCCCGUAUUCCAAGGGCUUCAGCGCUAUUUGAUCGUAGACGCUAACGGUGGUCUAAAUCAACAACGGUCAUCGAUUUGCAAUGCUGUUGCUUUGGCUGGGCUACUAAACGCUACUCUCGUAAUUCCUCGCUUUGAUCUUCAUAAUGUUUGGAACGAUCCAAGUGAAUUUGGUGAUAUUUAUGACGAGGAUUAUUUUGUAUCCACCCUUAAAGAUUAUGUUACGGUGGUUCACGAACUACCGAACGAGUUAAUGGAGAGCUAUAAUUUUAGCAUUAGCAAUAUCCCGAGCUUGAGAGUCCAAGCAUGGGCAUCUGCUCGUUUUUACUUGGACGAAGUUUAUCCUGUUUUGCAAGAAACAAGAGUUGUUCGAAUUUCUCCAUUUGCAAACAGAUUAGCAACGAGCAUUCCACCGCAUAUUCAAUAUUUAAGAUGCCUAGCAAACUAUAAAGCUCUGAGAUUCUCUUCAACCAUAAUGGAUCUCGCGAAAAGAAUAGUCAACCGAAUGACUGUUAAGAGCCUGAAUUCUGGCGGGAAAUACGUUUCCGUUCAUCUCCGAUUCGAAGAGGACAUGGUGGCUUUCUCGUGCUGCGUGUAUGACGGAGGAGAUACAGAAAAAUCCGAUAUGGAUGCAAUACGUGAAAAGGGUUGGGGCAAAAAAUUCAUGCAGAAAAAUCGAACCUUUGCACCCGGUCUUAACCGUGUUAACGGAAGGUGCCCAAUGACCCCAGUGGAGGUUGGUAUGAUGUUAAGAGGUAUGGGAUUUUCGAACAAUACGUCUAUAUAUUUAGCAUCCGGCACAAUCUACCACGAGGAGAGAUAUUUAGAACCCCUUCGAAAGAUGUUUCCUCUCUUACAGACGAAGGAGUCACUUGCUACUUCCGAUGAACUUGCUUCAAUCCAGGGUUUUUCGUCAAGAUUAGCUGCCUUGGACUACAUGGUGUGUUUGUAUAGUGAAGUAUUUGUGACGACUCAAGGAGGAAACUUCCCUCAUUUUUUGAUGGGACACAGACGAUUUCUAUACAAUGGACACGCAAAGACGAUUAUGCCCGACAAAAGCAAGCUUGUCGUCUUAUUACAGAACGAAAGUUUAAGUUGGGAUAGUUUUAAGGAUGAAAUGGAGACGAUGCUAGCUGAAAGUGACAGAAAGAGUAUAAUGGUGCCUAGAGUUAAAAAAUCGACGAGAAAGGGUUCGAUAUACUUGAACCCUUUGCCAGAAUGCAGGUGCCUUUGGGAAUCACACAAUUCAACCGAUUUUUUGUGCUAAAAUAUCAAGAAAUUGCUUAUGUCAGCCAAAAAACAUCCUUGACUUCCACGUAGCAAAAACGAAAGACGGUAAUAUACGAUUUUUUCGCUUCGACAAUGACUUGCGGAUUUGAAUACCCGGAGUUGUCUUUUUUUUUUUUUUUCAAAACAGAAAAACGCAUGAGUUUGAGUCAACAAUUUUUUGCUGCAUAUAUGUUUGUAAAAUUUGCAUACUGCUGCUUUCAGGGCAUUGUAGAUUUGUCUAGUGAGGAUUGUCAAGUGUUUUUUUUUUUUUUUU